AUGAACUGCAACGAGCUCCAGGAAGGGGCAAAGGGGGAGCAUUACAUCAUCAAGCGGCCCAAGGCGCUGCAGUGGUUCUGCGACGGCGAGCUGCAAAAGGACAGCGACGAGGAGCGGCAGGCUGGGCGGUUCGAGCUGUUCCUUGACUUGCUGUACGUCGCCAUCGUCGCCAACCUCAGCGAUGAGCUCAGCGAGCACCCGGACGGCGCGCACGUCGCCAAGUACAUCCUGACCUUCACUCCCGCCUGGCACGUCUGGGCGGACCUGCGCGAGAUCAUGAACUCGUACUACACCGACGACCUCGUCCAGCGGCUGACCGUCCUCUGGAUCAUGGCCCUGCUCGUGCUCUUCGCCAACAACGCCAACCACGUCGACUCGGACCUCGGCGCCGUGCGCACCGCCGCCGGCGCCUACGUCGCCGCGCGCGCCACCGCCAUGCUCGUCUUCCUGGUCAGCUCCUUCGCCAGCGUCGCGCACCGCGUCCAGGCUCGCAUCAUGGCCUCCUUCAUGUUUGUUGGCUUGCUGAUCACCGUCCCGCUGUUCUUGUCGUCCGUCAGCAUCGAGGCCAAGGCGGCGGUGGUGGCGGUCCUGAUUGUGUACCAGGAGUGCACGUGGAGCCUGACGCUGAGCCCGUGGCUGAAGAGGCGGCUGCGGCUACGGUACAGCACGGCGGUGGACAUGGCGCACGAGGUGGACCGCAUGGCGGCCUUCUUCAUCAUCGUGCUGGGCGAGUUCGUGUACGUGGUGGUGGUCGGCGACCCGGCGGGCAUCGGGCUGACGGCCGGCUACGGCAAGGCCGUGUGCGCGCUGGUGGUCGCCUUUUGCCUCAACUGGGUGUACGUGAGUGGUGAUGGUAGUCUGCGGGCGACGCACCCGAUCAGGCGCUCGGCGUGGACGGCGUUUGGCUUCUUCCUGCUGCACCUGCCGAUGGCCGCGUCGUUCCUGAUCGCCGGACACGUCGCGGGGGUGAGCGUCGCGGAGGAGGAGCUGGAGGGAGGGCAGCGGUGGCUGCUGGGCGCGGGGCUGGGAAUUGGCAUGCUGUGCCUCUGGGUCUACGGCAUGCUCUACAAGGCGGAGGAGCGGCAUGAUCUCAUCUUGCCUAGGAACCUGCGGAUCGGCAUGCGGUUGGUGGUCGCGAUCAUCUUGAUCAUCAUCCCGGUGACGCACGGCCACUUCAACGCGACGCAGUUCAUGGUGCUGAUCAUGGCGCUCAUCGCGUUCCUGACGAUCUGGGAGACGAUUGGCGGCAUGCUCAAGGGCGCAACCAUCUUUGAGCCUUGGACGGACGCUCAUCCUCCGUCAACGGCAUUGCUGACCGGCGAGGCCACUACGCAAGAUUCAGAGGGCUUGACCGAAAGUCAGUCCUGA